AUGACACAAGGAAAUGACUCAGAAGUGAUGGAAUUUUUUCUCCUUGGAUUUGGUGGACAACACAAGUUUUGGUAUGUCCUCUUCAUUGUAUUUCUAGUUAUCUAUGUGACUUCCAUGGUGGGUAAUAUUGGAAUGAUCCUACUCAUCAAGACAGAUUCCAGACUUCAAAUACCCAUGUACUUUUUCCUACAACAUUUGGCUUUUGUUGAUAUCUGUUAUACCUCUGCUGUUACUCCCAAGAUGCUGCAAAACUUCAUAGUAGAAAAUAAGUCAAUAUCAUUCAUGGGAUGUGUUGUGCAAGCAUUGAUUUAUGCAACAUUUGCGACUACUGGCUGUUACCUCCUGGCUACUAUGGCAGUGGACCGGUAUGUAGCCAUCUGUAACCCACUUCGCUAUUCCGCUGUCAUGUCUCAAACAGUCUGCAUCCAAUUAGUAACAGGUUCAUAUGUAGUAGGCUCAAUAAAUGCCUCCAUACACACGGGUUUUACAUUUUCACUGUCCUUCUGCAAGUCCAAUAUCAUCAAUCAUUUUUUCUGUGAUGGUCCCCCAAUUCUCUCCAUUUCAUGUUCCAGUAUCAAAGUCAACAUCUUGCUACUUGCUGUCUUUGUGGGAUUUAACUUGAUGUUCACUGUGUUGGUUGUCAUCUUCUCCUACAUAUACAUCCUGGGUGCCAUCCUAAAGAUGUCUUCUACUGCUGGGAGAAAAAAAGCCUUCAACACGUGUGCCUCCCACCUGACAGCAGUCACCAUUUUCUAUGGGACUCUCUCUUACAUGUACUUACAGCCUCACUCUAAAAAUUCUGAGGAAAAUAUGAAAGUGGUGUCCACAUUUUAUAGCAUUGUAAUCCCCAUGUUGAACCCCCUGAUCUAUAGCUUGAGAAAUAAGGAGGUCAAAGAAGCUCUAAAAGUGAUGGGAAAGAAGUUCUAG